UGGGAACAUAAGUCAUGUGAGUACGCUUUCUAUGAUUGGUGAAGAAUGGGAGCAUAAGUCAUGUUAGUACACUUUCUAUGAUUGGUGAAGAAUUGGAGCAUAAGUCAUGUGAGUACACUUUCUAUGAUUGGUGAAGAAUGAGAGCAUAAGUCAUGUGAGUACACUUUCUAUGAUUGGUAAAUGGGAGCAUAAGUCAUGUGAGUACACUUGCUAUGAUUGGUGAAGAAUGGGAACAUAAGUCAUGUGAGUACACUUGCUAUGAUUGGUGAAGAAUGGGAACAUAAGUCAUGUGAGUACACUUUCUAUGAUUGGUGAAGAAUGGGAGCAUAAGUCAUGUGAGUACACUUUCUAUGAUUGGUGAAGAAUGGGAGCAUAAGUCAUGUGAGUACACUUGCUAUGAUUGGUGAAGGAUGGGAGCAUAAGUCAUGUGAGUACACUUUCUAUGAUUGGUGAAGAAUGGGAGCAUAAGUCAUGUGAGUACACUUGCUAUGAUUGGUGAAGAAUGGGAACAUAAGUCAUAUAACAUCGCUUGUGACAAACUCCGAACAAGCAUCAUCGAAGCACAUUCUCCGUUUUGUCCGUGGAGAGAAAAUCCAUGCCCAGAAACGUUUCUUUGCCUGCCGACAAGGACGAGCGAUGAAUGGAAAGUUUUGUACGUGAAUGCUUGCAAGAAUCUCCUUACAUUGGGCGGAGAUUUGCCAUUAUUGAAACGCGAAACACUUUUGGAGAUGGAGUUGUCAGACGAUCAUCUCGAAGUCCUUUGUAGUUUCAUCACGAUCAGCGAUGAAUUUUCACAUUACAGCGAUGACAUCAUUAGAACAGCUUGUAUUAUGGCUUUGUGUGGAUGGAAUACGAGCGACGAGACUUCCGGUGUACUUUUCUGUACAGCUUGUCAUCGCGAGGCUGGAUUGUGGAAUUUUUAUUCGAUCAACAAUCCCGUGGAUUUGGUGCUUGAUGAUAGCAUUCAGAAGGUUUCUGACGAGAUUAGUAGUACUCACAGGCAAGUGGACAAUGUCGAUCUUCAUGAAAAUGAAAUCGGUGAAAAUGUGAUUGCUGGGCAAUUUGAUGGCCACGAACAAGUGGUCAAUCCUACGGAUAACGGAACUCUGAAGAGACACACAAGUGAAGAUUUACCAAUAAUGAACAGUGUGGAAUACGGUGAAAAUCAUCAUGAGGGUUCCCCGGGAUCAACUGUGGAGAUAAGAACGCAUGAUGAUAAGGAAUAUUGUGCAAUAGAUAAUAGAACUGCCCAAUACAUCCGACAUGUUGAACAUGAAGAGUUAGCAUCAGAGAGCACUCAAGAUAGUUCUCUGCAACAUGAAAUAUCAGGUAAUGAGAAUACGUUGCACGUUCAACACAACAAUCCAGUUCCAUCGCAGGCUCAAACAGAGCAUUGCAUAGAAAUAUCUGAAAUCUCUCCAUUAAAAUGCGACUCUUCAUCGGUGGGCAUUGAACAGGAAGAAGCCUCGUCAAACGACGAGACUGCGUCAGAGGAGUACUACUUUGAAAGGAAAUUAGAACCAGGAGAUCAUUUAUCUGAAUACCAGUCUGCACAUGAGGGCAUCUCGGAUGAAGAAGCUAUGUCUGAUGAAGUUCUUGUGUCUGAUCAGGUCCAUAUGUCAGAUGAAGUCCCUGUGUCUGAUGAAGUCCUUGUGUCAGAUGAAGUCCCUGUGUCUGAUGAAGUCCCAGUGUCUGAUGAAGUCCCUAUGUCUGAUGAGGUCCAUAUGUCAGACGAAUUCCCUAUGUCUGAUGAAGUCCCUGUGUCUGAUGAAGUCCCUAUGUCUGAUGAAGUCCCUGUGUCUGAUGAAGCCCUAUGUCUGAUGAAGUCCCUGUGUCUGAUGAAGCCCCUAUGCCUAAUGAAGUGUCUGUAUCUUAUGAAGUCCCUAUGUCUUAUGAAGUCCCUGUGUUGAUGGAAAGAUCUGAGAAAGAUUGUGCUACGGAAGAAAAAUCUAUCACGGAAGAAGAGAUUGUGUCGGAGGGUUUACCUAUCUACGGAGAAGAGACUUCACCAUCGAAGAAUCAUGGUGCGUCAGAAGGAAGUUUAUGUGAAGGAAGAACUGUAGCGGAACGAGAACCGCAGUCAGACAAAAUACCUAUUCUUGAAAAGGAACCGCUACCAAAUCAAAAAUCUUUAUCAGAAAAGGAACCCUUGUCUGGAGGACUUGUGAUUUGCGCAAGGGAGCCUGGUGAUGAAAAGUGCCCAUCAGAAAAAGUCUUGGCAAAUGCGCUUAGCCAAUCUGAAGUAGAACCCGAACUAGAACUAUCGUGUUUAACAAAGAAAAUAUCACGGAUGUAAGUUUUUUUGUCAAAGAACAAACAUCAGAAAAAGUAAAAUCAAUAAUAUUGGAAGAAACGACAUUUCCUAAAUCGGAAGAAAUACCCUGAUAUCGGAAGAAAUUCCCUUACCCGAACAAAAACAACUAUCGGACAUCCAGAUGGAUAACCAGGCCUCGCCGUUCAUUCAAAAUGAUGGACCUGAAUACAACCAACAGUCUCAAGAAGAAAUCGACAACCUCCCUGAUCCUGGAACUGAUUUUGAUCGUGUUGAAAAUUCCUGUGAAUCAGAUCAGGUGAAUGAACCGAAGUUGUUAUCAAUUGUGGAUAGUGCUCGACUGCCGUCUCCUGUGGGUAGCUGGCAAAACAGUAUGAUUGUAGAGAUCGGGGAGGACUCGAUGAGCGAGAGGAUGAGAUCAAUUCAACCAGAUUUACUAGAGACGGGGGAAAACCUAUCUCAAACGGAAAGCCAACGCAGCGCAUCCGACAUUAGUGAUGAAGAAAACCGCGAGCCCCGUUCGAAACGACUGAAAACGGACGAUAUUGAAAAGAUCAAAUUCGAUGCGUUGGCCGAGCAUCGGAACUGGUGUCCCUGGGUCACAGUCGUACCCAUGAAAUCUGAUAAAUUGGAGAAGUCUCCCGGAUGGCGUGUAUUGCUUCGACAUUUGAUGGCAAACAGCUCUCCUGUGAAACAACCCAUCCGUGAUAAUACCCCUCCGUCUCAAGUUUGGAAGGCAGUCAGGCACCUCUUUAUUGACUCUGCAGUUCUCAAAUACAAGCGUUCAAUGAGAAAAGUCAAAGAAUAAAGACCUCACAAAAAGCUCCGAAAUCAAAACUCGUUUUCGACCAACUUUAGGUUUCGAUUGUUCUAUUUAUUGAUUUUAAUUUUAUGACGUCCUGUCCAUCGUGGAUCUUGUGAGAUUUUGUUGUGUCGUUUUCAGCUUUAAAUUCUCGUUUUUUGAGAGAUUAUUAAAUUUAUGUUCUUA